GAAAAAUAUUUGUGGCGUGUCACGAAAAUAGUUAAAAGCUCUUCAAAAAGUUGACUCAGAUUUUGGAAAGUUCGGACUUUCAUGACUAUUCGGUACAAAGAAAACUCCAGGUGAAAGUCAUUUGCUGAUAUCCUGUAACAAUUCAAAUAGAUGACUGGAUAGGACAUUUGUCAAAAUGUUAACAUAAAUUCACCAAGAACAACAUUAUAGAUAUGGCUGAAGGGAGACAAAUUAACUCAGAUGAUUUAGAUGAAACAAUACAAAACUCUGAUGUUACCCAGAGUUCUGAAAUUCAUACAACAACACCAAAUGACUCUGAUCUGAGUUACCAUAGCAAUCAGGGUCAGCAUAGCAACCGUGAUUCCAACAGAAAUCAAGAAUCGAAUAUUGGAAUUUAUAGCAACCAUAAUGGAAGUAGACAACAUGGUGAAUCAGAGAACAGUAACCAUAGAAAUCAUGAUAUUAAUCGAUCACGUUUUAGUCCCCAUAGUCACCAUGGUAAUCAAAACACGGACAUAGAUAUACAUAGCAACCAUAUUAGGACCCGAUUAAUUGAUGACCAAAUAAAUGGUAAUCUUAGAAACAUCAUAACUGCAAACCCAACUCCAAGUGGCAGUAGUUCUGACACUAAUGAGCCAAAUAUUCAACAAGAUAAUAAUCUAGUGGCACAACAGAGACACAGGCUUACACAUCAAACCUUUAACAACCAGCCACUUCAUAAUGAGCUGCUUCAAUCUGAUCACAGUAACCAACAAGUUGAUAUAAGGCACCAUGACAACCAGCAACCAAUUAUGAGUCGACAUGACAACAAACAAUCAAAUUUGGGUAACCAUGGUAACCAACAGCCAAGUUUUAGCCAUAUGCAACAACCACUUAUGUCCCAUCUUAGUGGCAGACAUCCAGUACUGAGUCACCAAGACAACCAACCUUCAAAUAUGAGUCACCUUGACAAUGGUCAAUCAAGGAUGAGUCAAGAAACUAACCAACAUUCAAUGAGUCAAAAUGAAAUACAACAGCAAAUAAUUUCUCGCCAUGACAGCCAAGAUCUUAAUAUCAACAGUCUUAAUAGUCAUCAACCAUUAAUGAAUCAUACUGAUAACCAACAAUCAAAUCUGAGUCAGCAUGACACUGAACAAUCAAAUAUGAGUCACCAUGGAAACCAACAAACAGCAAUAGGGCAUCUUGAUAACCAGCAAACUAUGAGUCACCAUGACAACCAACCAAUAAUGUCCCACCAUUCUAACAAGGAAAGUGGUCUAAGUAUCCAUGACAACCAACAAGAAAAUAAUGCUCACCAUAGCAACCAUAAACCCCAAACUCAAAAUGAGCAGGACAUAUCAAACCAAAACAACCAGGAUUUAAUCUCAGGGAUCAAAUAUCAAAAUCAACAAGGCAACCAUAAUGUCCUCCAAGAUAUGGAAACAAAUCACCAUAGUGACCAGAACCAGGCUGUUGAUAUUCUCUCUCAAGCUGUCUACAGCACAAUUGAUGGAAUGUACGUUAAGGCAACAGAAGAGACUGAACCUAAUAUGCAAUAUGUUCAACCACCAGAGAAAGAUCACCAGACAGGGCAGUAUGCUACAUAUAUUAAAUGGGACGACAGUACUGCUUAUGGAAAUGAAAUCCUAAAGGAAAAUCCUGAACAGAAUGAAAUAGCUGAAGAAGUACAAGAUGGAUAUACGGUGCAACCGGUUUCAGUGAAUAUGCCCGUAAAUGAAACCCUAGAGGAGCCAAUCAUUAAGCAGAUAUUAGCACCACGCCCCCCUCCCGAUACAUUUCCCUGCUCAAAAUGUACUAUGGUAUUAGGCAGCCCAGAAAACCUUGAAGAACACCUUCGAAUACAUAGCUGUAAGAGUUUUAUCGCUUGUACCAUUUGUUCGACAACAUUCAAAACUGUUGAAGAUCGAGAUAUCCAUGUUAAAGCAAAGCAUACAUUUCGUAAAGUCCAAUUCAUGUGUAGGCCAUGUUAUAAAAACUUCGCAUCAGAGACUGAACUCGCUGAGCAUAUGUUAACACAUACUAGAAAGGACGAGGCAUAUAUUUGUACAAAAUGUGACAAAACGUAUUUCGAGGAGGAAGAAUUGUUUCUGCACAUGAGGAUGCACAUUGGCGAGGCCUUGUUCCAUUGUACGGUUUGUUCUCGAAUGUUCAACAGCUUAGCCGAUUGCGAGGCUCAUCUAGCUAAUGCCCACACACCAGUAUUAUCCUAUAAAUGUACAGCGUGCGAUGAGACAUUUCUUGAAAAGACUUCACUUGAUCGACAUAUCAAAAAACAUACAGGAUUGAACCCUUAUCUGUGUACUACAUGUAAUAAACGUUUUACGACAAAACCACAUCUUAAACGGCAUGAAAAACUUCACUGCAAGAAAAACAUUGGACAUGAUUUCAUGUGUACCAUAUGUCAAAGAAUAUUCAAGGAAAAGGUCAACUUGGAUAAGCACAUGAGAGCCCAUGAGGUCUCGAGACCAUAUAAAACAAAACGCAAAGUGAAAAAGCCUGUAAAACAUUUGACUACAACAGCAUCUACCAAUAACACUGUAGCAAAGAAAUCGACCUCCCAGCAGUGUAAGGUCUGUGGGAAGUGGCUAGCACAAGCUGGAGGCCUGAUAAAACACAUGCGAAUUCAUACAGGUGAAAAGCCUUACAAAUGCUCAUUUUGUACUAAAUGUUUCCGCACAGGGAGUCAUCUAUCUAAGCAUAUGAGACGUCACACAGGUGAAACCCCUCACCAGUGUAUACUAUGUGAUGAAUCCUUUAGAGAAAAAGCAGCCCUUGAUGUCCACAUGAUUAACAAACAUGCAGGUAAAAAGCCAUACCAGUGUGGCGUAUGUAAUAAAGAAUUCUCAACAAAAUCCAGCUAUUUACUUCACGAGAGGACACAUACUGGAGAGAAGCCUUAUAAAUGUGACGUCUGUGAGAAAAAGUUCAGUCAGAGUGGGAGUCUAUCUGAUCACAUGAUGACACAUUCUAAAGUAAAGCCCCACCAAUGUACAUUCUGUUGGAAAACAUUUGCUAGACGUGGAAAUCUCUUAGUACAUAUAAAAGUCCAUACUGGCGAUAGGCCUCAUUGCUGUACAAUGUGUGAUAAAACUUUUACACAACCCGGAAAUCUUAGACGCCAUAUUAAAAAUCAUAAUGCAGAUCGGCCAUAUGUGUGUAAUGAAUGUGGAAAAGCAUUUAAAGAAAAUUCAUCAUUAACUGAACAUAUCAGAAUCCAUACAGGUGAGAGACCUUUCCAGUGCCAAACAUGUGGAGAGAGUUUUGCACGGAGCUAUUCCCUAACCAUGCAUUCUCGCAUACAUAAACCACUUCCUAACCAAAUAAGCAAUGCCCCUGUGCAGCAAAACAUCCAAACCCUGCCCCAAAUAUCACAACUCCAAAGUGGUACAUUACCAGUACCCAAUAAUAGCCAUAUUCAGAUGGGGUCACACCAGAUAACUCCUUUACAGAUUCCAGGGCAUUUACAGGCACCUGGUCAAUUGGGGCCUCACAUGCAGCAAGGAGUGUUAAUUCCACAAACGCAAGUGUCUCAGCAAGUCUCUCGAAUGCCAUCCUAUACGAUGACACAGUUAGCUCCCAUUAGCAUGGCUCAGAUGAAUUUGUAGUAGCAACCUGUUCCAGCACGUAAACUCAUAGUUCCAGCUGUGGAAAGAACUUAUAGGUACAGCUGUGGAAAGAACUUAUAGGUGCAGCUGUAGAAAGAAUUUAAAAUGACAGCUGGAGAAAGAAGUUAUA